GGUCAACAAGCCCACUGAGCAAUGGUGCGAGAUGGCAGUUGAUGGGGCAUCCGGUUCUAGAGGAUACGGGGGUGGUAUCGUGUUCACCACCCCAGAAGGAUUCAAGAUCUACCAUGCAAUCAUCUUCAACUUCAAGCUGACGAACAAUGAGGCAAAAUAUGAAGCUCUGGUUGGAGGGCUCAGACUCGCCCAAGCCCUGAAAAUCAGCCGGGUCAGUAUCAAAUCUGACUCUAGCCUGAUUCUUGGGCAAGUGACCGGUAACAUGGAAGCAAGAGAAGGAUGCAUGGCACAAUACAAGGAGCUCGUGAUUGCCAUGUUGAAAGGCUUUGAGGAAUUCAAGAUCGCCCAAAUUCCCCGGGGGGAGAACGCGGAUGCAGACCUUCUCUCCAAGUUGACGCAGUAUGCUCCCGAGCAUGUUUCAAAACUUUCCCGGGUGGAAAUCCUGGAUCGAGCCAGCAUCGAAAAAUUGGAAGUCGCCGCUAUAACAGCCGGAAGCCAAUCUGACCGGUCAAACCUGGUCGGGGCGGACGACCAUUGGAUGUAUGAUCUGAUGGAAUAUUUGAUGGAUGGGAGCUUGCCAGAAUAAGAUGACCGGGCAAGAAAAGUGAAGCUCAGGG